AUUUAAUUAUUUUAAUCUGAAAAUUUUUUACAGCCUGAACAUUAACAGGGCCAUAACCGUUGAGUUUACAAGACCGUGCCUCAAUAACGCAACGGUCAUUAGAACGUUAACGCGGCUCGGUCUAUAAACCCCGGCUCAGGGAAUAGCUUCUCCCAUCCCAGAGACCCAGAGCGCUUUCCCGCCAAAAUCAGCCUCCGCCUUCCCCAAAGGGCCCAAGAUACGGUGCGGUCCCGGAGCGUCGCCCAAACCCUAGCUUCGAUCGCCCCUUCCUUCAAACCCUCCCAUGGCGACAUCGCCCACUGCAUCGGAUCCUCCCUCCUCUCCGAUCGCCGCCUCAGAUACCGCCGAUAACAAUCUCCAGCCAUUUUUUGUUUUGCACAAAGCAUUGCCUGGGAAAUCCGAGAAAAGGGCUUCUGGAUCCGGGAGAACCAGAAGAAAGAUCGAUCUAAGUGCUUCCUCCCCGAAAUCUGCGGAGAAAUCCGAUCAGAUUCCACCGGAUGACUCCGAUGCCAUUUGUGAGAAGCUUCGUCUCGAAGCCUUCGAGCGUACCUGGUCCAAAAUCGACUCCACAAUCAAGGAGGUCUUGCGACAGAUCAACCUCAAUCUGUUCAAUGAAGUGCUGCAAUGGAUCCAGGAAUUGUUCUCGAUCAUCAAAUCCAGCAGAACAACUAGCCUUUCAGAAAUCCAACGGCCUUACCCGUUGUUAACAGAUGCAUUAUGCAGGAGGGUACCUGCUGCGUUCGUUUUCACUAAGAAUGUCGAGUUUGUGGAUGAUCUUUUGACGUUUCAAGAUCUUGGCGUGCAUUUGAAAAGUAACAGAUGCCAUGUUGCCAGCCUUUCGGGUUUGGACUUUUUGGCUAAACAUGGGAUAGGCGGUUGCGUUAGAAGCUUGUUGAGGCAGCUGGUUUCAGAUGCUUCAGAUGUGGCUGAUUUUGCUGUAUUAGCCUCUUGGUACUGCGAACAAGAGAACUACAACAAUCCCAUCAUUAUCAUAAUUGAUGAUAUGCAGCGAUGUAAUGGUGGCGUCCUUGGUGAGUUCAUCACAUUGCUAAGCGAAUGGGUUAUUAAGAUUCCAAUUUUUAUUAUAAUGGGAGUUGCAACGACUGUUGAUGCCCCUAGAAAGCUUCUUUCUUCAAAUGCUCUGCAGCACCUGCAGCCUUGUAAGCUCACAUUGGGGUCUCCUGCUGAGAGAAUGAAUGCAUUAGUCGAGGCUAUUCUUGUAAAGCCAUGCUCUGGAUUCAGUAUAAGCCAUAAAGUUGCAGUAUUUCUUAGAAACUAUUUCCUUAGACAUGACGGAACAAUAACUUCAUUCAUAAGUGCCUUAAAGCUUGCUUGCAGUAAACACUUCUCCUUGGAGCCUUUGAGUUGUUUAUGCCUGGGAACUUUUGAUGAGAAUCGUCGGGACGAGUUUGAUGCAUUUCCUGGGCCUAUCCUUAGAACGGCUUUUGAUCUCCCCUCUUGUAAAAGGGAGAAGAUUUCUCAAGGCAGUGGAACUAGCAUCACACAAGGGUUGUCUCAGCUCAGAAAGCUGCAAAGAAGUUGGAGUUCUGUUGUAAUGUGCUUAUUUGAAACUGGAAAACGUAGCAAGAUGCAGCUACUAGACAUUUUCUGUGAAGCCAGCGAUCCUAAUUUGCAAAUAUCUUCUAUGACUAGAGGCAUCCCUAUUACAGGAAAACUGGGCUCUGGCAAAGCAGGAUUUAUUGCUCAGGCAAUACAUAGAGUAAGGGAAUUGCCCAUCGCCUUGCUUCCUCACGUGCUUAAAAUGUGGAGUCUCCAUAUGAAAGACAUGAAUGAGGUCAUAGAUAAAGUGAAAGAACUCCAAUCAAACAUAGCAAGUGGAGAUGGUGGCCAGCUCUAUAAGGAAAAGUGGACAGACAUUCACAAGAGGCCAGUAUACUUGGGUGCAAGAAAGGGAACAGUAUCAGUAAAUGAUAAAGCAGCUAUGUUGUUGGAUGACAUGGUCAGGAAAUAUUUGACCCCUAUAGAGUGUGCACCUUUUCAUGAAAUCAUCUGCUUCGGACAUGUUGAAAUUCUACAAUCAGCAUUAAUUGGAGAUACAAGGAGGAUAAUUCAGGUUGAUCUUUUGAAGCCUCAAAAUCAUCUUCGGUGCUCUUGCUGCAAUGGUGAUGAAAAUAUUGUAUCACCAACAAUGCAUGAUACCUCAAUUAUGUACUACCUCUCUCAAGAGUAUGGUGAUGUCAUUAAUCUUCAUGAUUGGUACCAAAUUUUCAAAGUGACAAUUAGUACUCCUAGCUCAAAAUCCAGAAAGAGAUUGCAUAAUUCUCCAGCAUCCAAAAAACUUAAAACCACACCUACAGAGAAUGAAGCUGAGAUCCAAUCAAGGUUUUGUAGGGCUGUUACGGAGCUCCAAAUCACCGGGCUUCUUCGGAUGCCGAGCAAGAGAAGGCCGGACUUCGUCCAGAGAGUUGCAUUUGGUCUUUAGGCUUUUAAAAUAUGGGUGGUGAUUUAUAAAAGCAAGGAAUUUUCCUUUGCCAACAUUUGAAUACUUGCAAAGAGCAGCUGCAGAGGAAUCAGUCGUUAAUUCGCAAGGCACGGGCAUAUGAUGCAUCUCCAUAUUCCCAAAGCUUGAUUCGAUUUGGGCAUGCAUUCCGCCCCCGCUGGUGACUGUCGUGAAUCCUUGGCUUAAUCAACGUCUCAGGCUUUCAACAGGCCAACAGGUCACUCUUAUGAAAAACUAUGCAGCGUGGCUUUUCUUCUUGUGUCUGAUUCUCUUUGAAGCGCUGUUAACAUGAUAUUUAUUUAUUCAUUUAUUUUGAAACAAAGCCCGUAGAAAGAUGAUGGUUUAUUUAUGUUAUGACCAAGGCAUGGCGCCUCAGAGGAAGGUAUUAUUAUUAUUAUUAUUAUUAUUAUUGUAUACUAGCACUCUUACUUCGGUAUCUCUCACUGUUUCUUAUGUAAUUAAUGUAGAUGGAUUCCCUA